AAAGUUCAAAAGAUGUGCGCCGCCAGUGUAAAAUCAGCGAAACAACUCCACGCUGUCUUCUCCCUCUUUUCCCUACUGCCUUGGUCUCGUGUGUUGGAGCCGGCAAAAUGAAGCAGAUCGUGACCAAUCAAGUUGUUAAAAUUCCUGAUGGCUUGACUGCCUCAGUCAAGUCUCGGAUGGUGACCGUCAAAGGACCAAGGGGUGUACUGAAACGAUCAUUCAAACAUCUCGCGCUUGAUAUUCGUAUGAUUAACCCUCGAACCUUGAAGGUAGAAAAAUGGUUCGGUAAAAAGAAGGAAUUAGCAGCAGUACGUACUGUCUGCUCUCAUAUUGAAAAUAUGUUGAAAGGAGUGACAAAAGGAUAUAUGUACAAGAUGCGUGCAGUAUACGCUCACUUCCCCAUCAACUGUGUCACUACGGAGAACAAUUCCGUCGUUGAAAUCAGAAAUUUCUUGGGAGAAAAAUACAUUCGUCGCGUUAAGAUGGCCCCAGGUGUAACAGUCACCAACUCCACCAAACAAAAGGAUGAGUUGAUUGUUGAGGGUAACUCCUUAGAAGAUGUUUCUCGUUCAGCUGCACUAAUUCAACAGUCGACAACUGUUAAAAAUAAGGAUAUUCGAAUGUUCUUGGAUGGUUUAUAUGUAUCUGAAAAGACAACUGUCCAAGAAGACAACGAAUAAAUUAUUAUAACAUCAUUAUAAAUAUA